CCCAUGGAAUCACCCAUAAAGUGAUUCUCUUCCGUGGGUCACCCAUAAGGGUAGGCGGGAGGGUCCACCCCGCCCGAAUCCAUUCAUUCCCUUGACGCCUGCUAGGACGCCUGCAAGAUACAAAAUUAGAUGAACCUAUGCCUUUUAUCACUGUGGAGAUCUUGGAGAAUCACCUGAUCACAGAGUUCACAUGUGUUCUGUCUCAGAGGCAGCUGUUGGACAACAAAAUGUUCUCUCACUUGAGAACAUUAACAGAGGGAAGUUUUUAAACAAGUUGUUUAACUACGGGUCCAUAUUGAAGAAAGAUAUAAAAAUCAUUAUGGAGAGGAGAACAGUACUUUGUUUACAGUUGUGCAAAGUCUCCAAGUAAAUCAGAGAGAAGAGGAGCUGUAGUGAGUCCAGAGGUGUGGGAAGGCCUGAGUGGGUCCACACACGAGUUCCUCAUCUGUGGACAUGCUUCCAGACCAGUCCUCACUCCCCUAAAGACAAACCUGACACCUUAAAACAGGCCAAGUGAUGGAGGAGUCAGAUGAUGAUUUCAAAGAACUCUGUGCCAGCUUUUUCCAAAGGGUGAAAAAAAAUGCUACCAAAGAAGCAUCAGGAGAGAGGAUGAGGCGGAAGGCCUCCGGGCACGCUCAGAACAGAGGCAAACGGAAAGAAGCCAGCCAAGUCGCCAGGAGCAAAGCCCUUCAAGGCCCGUCAGAGAAGAAGCCUCGAUUAGGCAGGACUAAAAAGCAAGGGGCACCCAGAUCUCAAGAAGGGGACCCAGCUCUCCCUGUGAAUGGAAAGGGAGAUGUUCUCGCUCCUAUCCCAGAUCAGCCUGUGUUGUGUGAAAGAGCACAGAGCAUUCACACAGAGAGUGCUCCCAAUGGCGACUCCCAGCCCCUUCCGUCCUGUUUCACGACGACUGGUGUGCCAAGUCCCUUCAAGCCCAGAGCCUCAGAGCUUGUUCUGCAACGGAUGAAGCAGUUCAAGAGGGCAGACCCUGAGCGCUUGAGACAUGCCUCAGAAGAAUCAUCCCUGAAGACCGCACUGGGAGAAAAUGUCCCAAGGAGCCCUCAGGAGGAGAUAGUGGUAGAAAACGAGUAUAAGCUUCAUGCCGCAGACAGCGAUGCUGCAGUGGCCCUGGCCUUACAGCAGGAGUUUAGAAGGGAGGAAGCAUCCUCACACCAUGACAGCCUGGAAGAGAAGGGGUUAUUCUUCUGUCAGAUGUGCCAGAAAAACCUCUCAGCAAUGAACGUGACCCGGAGGGAGCAACAUGUGAACAGAUGUCUAGAUGAGGCAGAGAAGGCACAGAAACCUGCUCCUCCUCAGGUCCCUGACUGCCCGAUAUGUGGUAAACCGUUCCUCAGCAGCAAGAGCCGCAUCAGUCACUUGAAGCAGUGUGCAGUGAGGAUGGAAGUCGGGCCACAGUCCCUGCUUCAGGCUGUGAGGCUGCAGACAGCUCAGCCAGAGGCUGGCGGCAGCCCUCAGGUACCCAGUUUCAGCAACCGUGUUGGAGGUUUGAAACGGAAAGGAGCCGCCAAGAGGGAGCCACAGAGGAGACGGAAAGCCAGUGAGCCUGAGGCUCCGUCUGAGGAUCUGCUGGUGGCCAUGGCUCUGUCUCGCUCUGAGAUGGAGCACUGUCCAGUUGUACCCCCACUCAGACUGGAAAAUGCUUUUUCCGAGAAGAUAAGGCUAGGAGCAGAGAAGAAAAGUCGCAAGAAGAGACCCCCGGUGUGUCCCCCACAGUUGGUAACCCAAGACUCUGAGACCACAAGUAGACAGAUCGAGGAUCGUGUUGCCCAGCUCCUGUCAGAGGAAAUAGAACUGUCUUGCACCCCGCCACUUCUUGCCAGCAGGAUUUUUAAGGAGGAAUUGGAACAUGCAGGCUGGCGCGCGCAGCUGCCUGAAGGGAAGCGGAAUUUUCUGUGGGAGCUCAGCGCCCUCACAGGAGCCUGGGCUAAGGAGUCCUUCUACGCAGAGGGCCUGUUUCCUCCAGUUGUGUCCCAGGGCCCUACCAAGGAACCCGAGCCACCACUGGAGCUGCCCAGGCAGCGAGAGCCACCUGCUUCCCAGAGCAGCCUUCCUGUGAGCCACAGCCCCAAGAACCAGCUGCUGUCGUCCAGCCAGAGGGAGCGUCAAGCCCUUCAGGACCUUGUGGACUUGGCAGCCGAGGGGCUGAGCUCUAGCCCACGGCUCAGCAGUCUGGGCGUACCCACAGGCUUGGACUUGGUACCUAGCAGCCUUCCGCUGACAGGGUUUGUUCCGCCAUGUGAGAAGACCCUUAAGGAGGAUGACGGUGCCUCACUCUCUCUUGGGUUAUUGGUGACAGACUUUGGGGCCAUGGUCAAUAAUCCACACCUGAGUGAUGUCCAGUUGCAGCUUGACAGCGGAGAGGUGCUCUAUGCCCACAAGUUUGUUCUUUAUGCUCGCUGCCCCCUUCUUAUUCAGUGUGUAAAUACUGAAGGCUUCUGUGCUGUUGAGGAUGGGGAUCUGACCCAACGCGUCCUGCUGAGUGACGUGAGCUCUGAGGCUGCCCUCGCAUUUCUGAACUACCUCUACAUGGCGAACGCUGACAUGCCUCCCAGCCUGGUUCCUGCUCUGCGUUCCCUGGCCCUGAGGUUUGCUGUGAGCGACCUUGUUCGGCUGUGCGAACAGGUGCCUGCUGUGGUGGACUUAGAGGGAGAGCAGCCAGAGGACAGUGAGGAUUGCAAAAGCAGAGCUGAGACUUUCCAGGAACUCCUGAGGACAGUGUGGGAAGAUGAAGAGGAGGAAGCGGAGACUCUGCUGAAACCCGAGGUCUGUGAAGAAGACAGAGAAAAGAUGAAUGAAGCAGAAAUGGAAGAGAUCUAUGACUUUGCAGCUACACAGAGGAAGCUCCUCCAGGCAGAAAGAGCAGCACACACAGUUGGGAGCACUAACCAGCGUGGGGAGGACAGUCCAGGUUCUGAGCCUUCCCUGGCAGGGCUCCACAGGAGCAGACAGCUAGAAACUACAGAGCAAAUGGAGUGGUCUGAGUUAGAAAAAGAAGAGGCACUAGCUAGCUGGGAACAGGAAGGAAAGUCCGCUCGUCUACAGGACCAGUGCCCAGACUGGGCAGGGGAAGCAGAGGCCCAGGAUGCACUGGGGGAGGCACUUGACCACCCCAGCUUUCGCAGCCCUUCUGACAGCUGCCAAGGGAGGGGGAAAGAAUGCUUGCCUUUGCGCUCAAACAAGGCCCCUGACUACAAACAGCUCCUCCCAUCAAAUCCAAGAGCGUCAUCUGAACUGUCACAAAUAACAGUUGAUCAUGAAGAGCAGAAUGACUGUGUCGGAGAGAGGCAGGCAGACAUGGCCCAGGCACCUUCUCCACACCCCUGCGGCCUUCUGUCACAGUCUUCUGAGGGUGGAAGUCCCAGCCAGUCAUGGCUUCACCUAUACCACACAAGCAGAUUGUCUCCCUCAGUGUCCCAGUCACACGAUGGCAUUUCCAAGGUGGCGCCCCCAAGCUCACUGUCUCCAGUUACACCAGCUAAGCAGAGGGACAGUAACCGUCUCGCCUUACGGAAAGAAGCCGGCCACCACAGAGACACACAGAGUAGCCCUGUAGUGGGGCGCAGACAUAGGGGUGUCCUGAUCUCCCCAGCAAAGUCUCCACCCAUUGACCUGACACAGUCGGUUCCUGAGCCGCUGAGCCCCAGGGCCCAGGAUCCUCUGCAUCCCCUGAAGACAGAGGGUGAAGUCAUCCUGUUACUGGAUUCAGAUGAGGAGCAGGAGCUGGCGCACACCAAGACAGAGUCAGUUUCUAAAGAUUCCCCAGAAGGAAGGAACCUUCCAGAAGUUAGCCCCAGGUCCGCUGAACUGUUUUCAGUUAUUGAUGUUGAAGAAGAUCACGAACAUUUCCAAAGCCCACUGAAGAGAGAGACUGGGCUACAGCGGGGAGAGGAGGGACAGCUGGGAAACCAGUCUGUGCUGGGCCGCAGAGACAUUCCCUGGCUGUUCUGCAGCCAGAAAAACAGCCUGGAUGAGGACAGCACAACAGAUACUUCUUGGCUGGUGCCUGCCACUCCAGGGGUUAGCAAGAGUCGCGAUUGUUCAUCACAGACCCAGAUCAAAAGCCUUAAGACCAGGACUCCGUCCGACGAGACUGCUCAGCAGACAGCCAGGCCUGACUUAGAACGCAGGUCUGUGCUGGAACCAGCCCAGCAGUUCUCCGUGAUCAUGCCACACACACAGCCUAUUACUCUAGGAGCCUCUGACAGUGGAAGACAGGCCUACAGAAGCCCUUCCCUUCCCUACGCCAGGCCCCACAGACUCUCUUCUUCACAGCCAUUAUGUCCUGGCCCUGAUUUUACCAGGUGGUCCCAGAUAUCCUCCUCACCUAGACCAUGCCUGCCAAAUCCACCUGCAGCCGAUGAAGUGGUAGAAGUUGGGGACAGUGAUGAUGAGCAGGAGGUGGCUUCCCAUCAAGGAAACAGCAGCCCUGUGCUAGAUGGUGACCCCCCAGGUCCCAUGGGUGACUACUGUUGGCAUGAGCCUCUCUCACCAAUUCCAAUUGACCACUUGAAUCUGGAGCGGACUGGCCCCCUGACAACAAGCAGUCCCAGCAGUCAGGUCCAGGAGGCUCCGCACAGUGAUGACUGCCACUCCCCAGGACUUGGCACCACCCCCAUCCGAGGAAGCUAUGGUGCUCUGAGAGAGUCUCAAGAGCAGUCCUCACAGGCUGGCUCUCCAGAGAGAAGCAAACUGAGUGUCCUUAGCCAAGCUCUCUGGGACGACUGGGACGAGGAGGAAGGACACUCUCCAGAGUCUCCACCUGUGGCCCAAAUGCUGAGUGGCAGGACUCGGAAGCCAGACAGGCCAGAGACACCAAAAGGUGCUGACCAGAAAAGGAACUUGCCCCCCAAAGUGCCUAUAACUCCAAUGCCAAGGUACUCGAUCAUGGAGACCCCGGUGCUGAAGAAAGAACUGGACAGGUUUGGAGUCCGUGCUCUGCCCAAACGCCAGAUGGUUCUAAAACUGAAGGAGAUUUUCCAGUACACUCACCAGACUCUGCAGUCAGACUCUGAGGAUGAGGUCCAGUCCUCCCAGAUACCCCCAGAGGUUCCUUGCAGCCAGGCUGAGACCUGCAGUCCUGCAAGGUCAGGAAGUUACACCCAGCUCAAGGCCCCUGCGGGUCGUGGGACUCAAAGAUCCAAGGGCCCUAAUAAAGGCAAGAGCCUUCAACACCGGGAGAAGCAGCCCAGGGAAAGUAUCUCCCACCCAAGCACCGCGCCAGCUGGGGGCCCAGCAUGCCCUGCUGGCGACAUCCAGCUCCCAGCCUCCCAGGGACCCAUGGCUGCCUCUGUGGAUGGCACUGACAACUCCUUUAGCUCUCAGAGCUCCUCUGGUGAGUUUGGAGCUGCCUUUGAGUCUGCAGGUGAAGACGAGACUGAGGACGAUGGGCUCACGGCAUCACAGGUGGCAAUGCAGGCUGCAGACAUAGAGGCGGCCGUGAGGCGCUACAUCUGCUCCAAGCCCGCCUUGCACAGGAAGGUCCUGAUGUACCAGCCUCUGGAACUGGCUGAGUUGCAGGCGGAGCUGAAGCAGAAUGGCAUCCCUGUGGCCAUGGGCAAGCUGCUGGACAUCCUGGACGCUCAGUGUGUCACCUUCACGACUGCCGCGGCCCGGAAGGAGAAGCUCAAACAGAAGAGACGGCAGACCUCAGGCCGAAAGAAAAGGGAUCAGAAAUGAUGGCCUCCCCUCCCCCACCCCUUGGUCUGCCUGAGCAGCUAGUGCAAGCCAGACACCCACAGUGUGUCGCAGGACAUGGGUCUGAGCCUGAGAAGGACUAGAGCCCAGCGUACUCUCCUGCACCCAGCUCUGUGUCCCCCUCCCCCCAAUCAGUGCCAGUUUCCCCCCUUUGGCCCAACCGAGGUCCCCAUCCUGUGUGUUCCUGAAAAGCAGUGGGCCACACCAGCGGCCAGAGCAAGACUUCUUCACUUGCCUUUCUGUGUCCAGCACACCCAAGCACAGCUGCCCUAUUGUAUAUUCUGGGAUGGACAUUGGGUCCAGCCUGCCUUCUCCGUAUUGAAACCAGCCCAACUGCCAUGGCAGACCAGACGCCAACGGGUGGCCUGCACCAUUGUCAUAGGUGCUUCUCCGUCCUGUGCCUGCCCAGAUCCUUGUCACCGUCACCAGCAUUCUUCAAGUAGGGCUGAGCACAGCCGUGAGGACCCCAGAGUGAGCUGUGUGUGGGCUCCACCCAUUUGUGUUAAGCCUUCUUGACCAGUGUGGACUCUGGGACCAGAAAAAACCAGAAGUUUGGGUUUCCACAGCUUGUGAAUGUCUUUGUGUGUUUUGAAUACAGUGAAGUUGUUUUAUAUAAUGUGCAAUAAAGACAAAGAAGGCUUUAUUUAAAAAUAAA